GUCCAGUGCCCCCCCUCCCCCCGCGCCCUGAUUCGCUCCCCAACUUCCAAAUCCUUUGAUAUCCGCAACUUCCACAUGCAUGCCUGCGGCAUGGCGUGAACUGUGUGGGUGCGGGCAGUGUGGCCAUGGUCCCGCUGAGGCAGCAGGCCCAGCCGCCCCUUCCCUCAUGGAUGUUGUAUAACAGGGUCGCAACGCCAACUCAUCAGCGAUGAUCAUGCGGCACGCGUUGGUGAUGGAGAUGCUGCUUGGUAGCUAGAGUGCGGCCGCCUGCGGCCCUGCACCGUGCGUGGUGCGUGGCUGCGAUGGACCGAUGGUGCGCAGGGCCUGGCAGCUGGCGGCUGCGACGGCGGCAUAGAUUGCAUUGGUUACAAGAACGGCAUGGGGCCCGGCGGCGGCAUAGGGCCCGGCGGCGGCAUAGGGCCCGGCGGCGGCGCACGGCCUGGCGACUGUGGCGGCAGCGCAGGACCUGGCGGCGGCGGCGGCGCAGGACCUGGCGGCGGCGCAGGGCCUGGGCCCAGCAAUAAUGGUGGCGUGCAUGUGCGUAGCAGAGGGGGCAGGCAAGGCCACGUGGAGGAGAAGAGCGCGGCGCCGCCCGAGAAGCAGCGCUGGAUGGCGCGCAGGUUGAGAUAGACCCGCCGGUUUACGGUGUAUUCUGGCCAACAUAGCAUGGCACGGUGUGUAAUUCAUUACGGAUUGGUUUGUUGGCUGCUGUGCUUGUGCUUGACAGCGGCGCGUGGCUGGACACACUGCCUGUUUAAAACCGCGACGGCGUCUUGCAUUCGCAUUCACUAGCAAGCACUUCGCUAAAACCGACGCGGCUAUGUCCGAGAGAUGAGGUAGUUUUGAAGCCUUCGGCUUCAGACAUUGCACCAACGUGGCGUGGGCGCAGCCCAUUUUUUCCCUUGUGGGGGAGAGCCAGCCUUCCUUGUUCAAGGGGUGUCAAGGGGGGGGGUGUAGGAAACAAAGUGCCAGACCCCAUGCCCCGAAAGGCCGAAAUCCCCCGGGACCCCCCUUGAGGGGACGACCGACAUCUCCAUGGACAAAACCGUGUUGUUUUGGGGUUAGAGCCUCCAUUUAGUGCCAUAGUAAUGCCAUCGAAUCCUCUUGACGAGCGCUAUCACGCUGUGCCAUCGGCGACCCUGUUCUGGGACUUCGGUCACACAUGGGAUUCCAUCCACGGAAAUCCCCUCAACCCAGCCCACCCCCCGUUAACUCUCUGCCAUGUGAUGUAUGGACAGUAGUGUGCAUUGGCAGACUUGUUAGACAUGAAUUCAUACGCACCAGCGCUUGAGAGCCCCGUCGUGUCAGUGCGCACGUGUCGAAUGUAGAGACAUGCAUACAUGUGGUUUGGGGCGCUGCCCCGUGUUGAGCCUUCGGGCUGGGACCAGAAUGUGCCUCCGGCACGCUCGCGAAUUUGGGGCGCUGCCCUGCAGAUGUGCCUUCAAGUGUGCCUUCGGGCUGGGACAUGCUGUGCCACCUGGCACCAGACACGAGCAGUGCUUUGCGUUUGAUUAGGCAUCGCCGGACUACAUGCCCGGUGUACCUGGUUUAGGUCGGGUGCUGUAGACAGCGCUUCAUGCGCAACGAGGGUUGCCACAUGUUGUAGGGCUUUGGCGGGCUUAGGCUUGCUUCGACUCAUGAGUAGUGUUGCGCCCGAGACACGCUUUAUGCGAAGACCUAUUGCACGGUUGUGGAAGAUCGGCAGACAACUGGGGGGAGGGUGGAUUCCCUUCGGGCCGGAGAUGGUCCCUCUUGACCUGGGUGCGGGGCACCCUUGCUUGGGGGGCUGUCCCUUCUUUGUAAUGUCGCAAUCAU